AUGCCGUCCGACGAGGAUAGCCCCAAUCCACUGCUACUUUCGUGGGUCAAGGAGUGGUACGAGAACGCGAGAGAAAAAAACACCAAGGGUGUCACUACAUACAGAAAGGCUUACAAUUCAUUGAAAAAAUGUCCCAAAGUCUUUCAACAUCCCUCAGAGCUCACGGAGCUGCAGUUCUUCGGACAGACGCUCACCAAGAGGCUCACGGACAAACUUGAGAUUUAUUGCAGAGAAAAUGGCUUGCCAAUGCCUGAGCGCCCUUCGAAAUCUAAGAAGCGCAAGGAUGCCAGCAGAGCUACAGGAGAAGGAGAUGAUGAUGACGAUGACGACGAGGAAGAGCCCGCUCCAGUCCAGAAGAAGCCACGGAAGGCUAAACCAUAUGUGCCUGCAUAUCGGUCCGGCGCCUACGCUCUCAUUGUUGCCUUAUCGAACAUGCCAGAGUAUGGGCCUGAGGGCAUGGCAAAGCUGGAUUUGAUCGACAAGGCUCAACCACAUUGCAACUCUUCCUUCACGGCGAGCGAGCCGGGAAGUUUCUACACGGCUUGGAACUCUAUGAAGACCUUACUCGCUAAAGAGCUUGUCUACGAGCGUGGGAGACCGACGAAAAGAUACGCCCUGACUGAAGAUGGUCGGGAUGUGGCACGACGAAUCCAGGAGGCUAAUGAGGCCAGCACCAGUAACACUGGUGACAGAACGAAUGACUCCAGGAACAAUUCGGCCGCGCCUCGGGCCCAAGCACAGUCACUGGCUUUCGUCGGUGGUUUGGACGAAGGUACCAACGACGACCUCUCCCUGGAACAGGAGAAGCCAGACUUUGGUAAUGUGGUUACUGACGGCCCCGUCUUUUCUGACAACUCCUCAUUGCCAAACUUUACAACGAUCAGGUUAAACCCUGGCUCAUUUACAGUUCACCUUGUACUGGACGUGCGAGAGAUUCGUGCCAAAACAGACCGGGACUACAUGCAAGAAGAACUGACAAAGAAGGGAAUCAAGCCCAUCAUGCGCAGUUUGGAGCUCGGUGAUGCCCAGUGGGUGGCAAAGUGCCACGACCCGGAGGUACUGCGUCGAGGCGGCGCCGAGGGCGACGAGGUCGUGCUCGACUACAUCGUGGAGCGCAAGCGCCUGGACGACUUGAUCGGCAGUAUCAAGGACGGCCGCUUCCACGAGCAGAAGUUCCGCCUGAAGCGAUCUGGCGUCCGACACGUCACCUACCUUGUGGAGGAGAUCUCAUUGGACCGGGAGCACUUCUCCAAGUACGAGGAAAGCGUGCAGUCUGCGAUUGCGUCGACGCAGGUGGUUAAUGGUUUCACCGUGAAGAAGACACAAAAGAUGGAUGACACCAUCCGGUACCUCGCGAGGAUGACGGACUUGCUGAAAAAGCGUUACGAAAGCCAGCCUCUGAGGGUGAUCCCUACAAAGGUCAUCACACCCCAGAACUACUUGCCUCUCUUAAACAGCCUUAGGGAAACGCAGCCUGGGGUAGAUUACUACAUCAGCUAUCCUGCUUUUGCUUCGCUGGUGUCGAAGACGGAUCUGCUGACCCUACGCGACCUCUUCCUCAAGAUGCUAAUGUGCACACGAGGCGUCACAGGGGAAAAGGCGAUACAAAUACAGAAGAUCUGGAAGACGCCCAACGAGUUUGUCAAGGCUUUCGAGCAGUGUGGUCCUGGAGAGGAAGGAAAGAAAAGAAAGCGGGAGCUGGUCUCCAGCCGGCUAGGAGGACACGCUGUGAAGAGCAAGCAGAUUGGCAAAGCCCUAAGUACCAAAAUUGCCGAAGUAUGGGCUGAGGUUUGA